AUGUGUGGAUCUUCACCUUCUAAAGAUUCCAGCAUCACUUUGUAUCGGUUUCCAAAGCCUGGCACUAGAAAUGCUCUGCGCUGUGAAUUAUGGGCAAAGUAUUGCUUUCCAAACGAAGCCUGGUCUUCACCAAAAUUCCAGGAAGAACUCCAUUUAAAGCAUAAGAUGCUUUGCAGCAAACAUUUUGAAAGCACAUGCUUUAAUGAGAAGUUGUUCAGAACAGCUGUACCUGGUGUUCAAUGCUAUAAGGAAAACUUACAGCUUUUAAUUAAUGCUAUAUGGCAUAAAAUGUAA